AUGUCAAAAACUAAUCAAACAGCAGCAGUAGUCAAUUACAAUUUGGAAGAAAUGAUCGCAUACAUCCGUCAAAACCCAGAUAUCGCACUUGACGUUCAUCAACACCUUACUCAAGUCCCAUAUCUUCAACAGCUCAAUGAUCCAAUUGAGGCAUCAACACCUCAAACAGCUAAACGAAAUUUGGAUUCAAGUGAUAAUGAUGGUGCACAAAUAUCAAAACAACAACGUAUUCUAUCAAAUGGAAAACAAAAAAAUACUAAUCAAAUGAACGUAUCACUAGCUUCAAACUAUGCACAUCAAUCGGAUAAUAACCCCGCAGUAUUUCAACCUCAACAACAACCAUCAAACCAGCAGCAACAUCGUCUUCCGUUUGCACAGCUAAAACGAGCUGUUUCAAGCAACUUGCCAUGUUUUUUAAUCGAAUACGAUCAGGAUGGGAACUUGAAGAAUCGACCAUCCGAUGUUUUAGCAGCAAGCAUAGUUGAAAAUCAUUUCAAACAACAAGGAAUCCUGAUCGUGUUUUCUCUCGUCGGUCAUACAGGUAAUAAAUUAAAAUUAGGAGUAAACAACAAAGAAUCGUACCCAACAUUGAUAUCUACUGGUAAAUGGCCAUUACAAAUCAAUAAUAUCAAUAUUACCGUCAUUAAACCGAAAUUUAUUCCUGAUUCAUUUGCUCUUGUUGUACGUUACGUGCCUCUUCAAUACAACGACGAAUAUGUCAAAGACGAAAUUGAACGAAAUCUUCAAUCGACCGAAAAUGUCAGACAUCUACAAGAAUAUAAUUCAGCUUUAAAAUUAGGUCGAAUAUCGAUUGGAAAUACAUUCUGCACAAUUACACCAUUCUUGGCAGGUAAUCGAAUGACAUAUUGUACUCGAUGUUGGUGUUUAGGUCAUAUGAGAGAUAAAUGUGAAAUGGAACAUCAACGUUGUCGCAUUUGUCUUGAUAAUAUUGUCAAUGGUCAAACACAUAAUUGUUCGAAUAUACCUCGUUGUGCACAGUGCAAUGGUGAUCAUCAUUCAUUAUCUAGUGUGUGUGAAAAAGUGGCCGAAUAUCGAUCUGAAUUAAAAGAACAAGUUAAUAAUGCAAUAUCAUCAGGCAAAUUACAACGAUUAGUACCUCAAGAUCAUCCGCAGCCGAUGCAAUUCCAGAUGCAACAAAACGAUUUUCCAUCAUUACCAUCGCAAACACCCGGUGCCACUCCUUGGAAACUAGCUUCAGCACAACCACCAAAAAUAACUAAUAUGAAUGGAAGUGAUGAUACAGCAAAGAUGUUGUUAUCGGCAAAAGAUGAAAAACUAGUUGACAAAGUUCUUACAGAAUGGUUUACAGCAGGUACCCUAGAAAAUAUUCUCACAAAAUGGGAAAAUAUAACUCCGAAAGAAAUAGAAAAAGAACAGACUCCAUUGAAUAUUCUCGGCUAUAAUGUACAAGGUUGGGGAUCAAGAAGCCUAGAAGUAAUUGAUAUUGUUCUUAAAGUAGACGCCUCUAUAUGUGUUUUUACGGAAGUUGGGGAGUUAUGGAAUACAUCUCGAAUACCUCAUUUCAAUAUCUUCCACCAACAGGGAACUAAUAAAAGUGGAGGUGUAUGUGUAGCAAUAGGUAAACAUCUAAGAGGAUCGAGAAUAGAUUUUAGUGGUGAAAAUACAGUUAUUGUUGAUGUUAGUGGAUUUUCGGAAUUAGUUAGAAUAAUUGCUAUUUACUGGCCGGCAGAUCGUCGUACGUAUGUUAAUUUUGGAAAGAGUAAAUCGAAAAUAUUUUAUACUCAUGUUGGCUUACCACAAGGCAGUAGUUUAAGCCCGUAUCUAUUUAUUGUUUAUCAUUGGGAUCUUAUUUCAUGUUUAGGUACUCAUUCUAGUCACAUAUUUGCCGAUGAUCUAAGUGUACUUAUAACUCCACCAAUACGUAGAGAAUUUAAACCGAUGAUUAAGUUUUUAGAAGAAGAAGAACAAAAAUAUGUAACAAAAUAG